UCUAUUGACUAAUGAAUACAAACAGACUUUCCUCUUCCUUCUAUCUCCUUCUUAAUUCUCCCUUCUAAUCUCUAUCUUCUUCUUCUUCUUCUUGAAUUCAUUUCUCUUAAUUCUCCUUCUAAUUCUUCUUUCUAAUUUCUGAAUCUAUCAAAUUGGUAUCAGAGCUCCGAUCUUCUUAACCUAUGGUAGCUAUAGCAGAGAACACGAGGUUCCAAGAAUUGCGUCGGGACCUUUCUGAGUUCCAAAGAAAACACGAUGCGGAUGUGGCUAACUUGGACAAGAGGAUGAUGACCAUGCAGAAUGCUAUGACGUCCAUGGAGAACGCUCCAAGGGAAGACAUUGCUAAAGUCUUAUCUCUUGAAAACCCUCUUCCAAAUGACCCUGUAGCUAGUAUGACUAAGUUUGGUAAAGUUGAUUUUCCUAGCUACGAUGGAACAGAUAACGGUGCCAAAAAGUUGAUGCACUAAAAUCACUCUAGCAAGUGUACUAGUCGCUUCAAGUAAUAUAAUGAUGAGAAGAGU